AUGGCUUCUUUGUGUUCGACCCAUUCUCCUGCUGGAAGCCCUCGAGACGAGAGCAUGAAGGAUCCAGCCUGGGCUGCCCUGCAGCGCAGCAUGUCUGCUGAGCUGGAAGGGAUGCUGCUACGGGCUUUGGAAAUGGGCGUCCAGAAGGCCGCCGAGCUGUUUGGAAAGAAUGUGUGCGUUGAUGCUAUGAGCUGCGGCGGGUGUGUCACAGAGAUAGAGGCUGCGAGACUUGCCUCGAUGUCUUCUUGUGGAUUGAGUCCGCGGAUUGGUUAUUACGGCAACGCGGACAUUAUUGCCCACCUGCUGCAUUUGAUUGUGCAGCUUGCCCUGUAUCCACGUCCUCCAUCGGCUGAUGCUGUACUUCAGGUUCAUUCGCGUUCAGCACGCACAGCCGAGCAGAGCAUCCAGAUAGGCUCGGCAGGCAUCCCCGCGAGCAAAGAGGUUCAGGUUCCAUCUCUUAAAGUUCAGGCAAGCCUUGGACAGCCUGGUUUAGUUGGCACUUCCCCGGAUGGCGGUGCCUCUGCCAAGGCUGAUGGCGUUGCCGUCGCUGAUGGCCAAGCCGAAAAUCAAGACAGUGCUGUCAGGAUCGGAGGAGGUUGGCAUGUGAUACGGAACUCCGAACAGGUUGGAAGCAACCAAAGCAUCGGGCUUAGCCCGCGACGAAGCAGCUGUUCACCCAGCCGAAGCUGCAGUGUAAGCCAUACCAGUCCAGAAGAGAGACAUCCAUUUGCUCACGGGGCACCUUCCAGGCAGACACCCAGGCAUCGCUUCACGUUUGGUGCAUAUGCCAUCGGAGCGCAGCAUGGAUACACCGUGUCAAGCGUAGAUCCAGCACGUCUCGCGAAAGAGGUAAGUCGCGGGAGGUUGCGCCCUCGGUACGGACUUUACCGUGUGCUAAGACCUCGCUCAGCACUUGGUUCCAGUUCUUCAUGUUCAAGGAUAACCAAAGCUCGGAAGGGCUCUGCAGCACAAGAGCCCUCCAUUUGGCCCGACUUGGCCGUCGAUGAGAUGGAUCGGCAGCCAUCUGAUGAUGCUGGCGAAGAAGAUAUUGCGACGGGGCCAGCCGAUUUGCCACCUCAAGGCGAUAAUGAUGCCCGCAAUCCGCCAGCUCACCACGGGUUCUGCCUGCGCAUCGCUGUGGCGCCUGGUCCCAAUGCAAAAGUCCGCUUAGUGAAGACGCUUGAGAUGGUCGGGGACUAUUUCGCAGACCUGGAGCGUUGCUGCGCCGUAUUUUGGCACAUGUUGGGUUUCUUCGAACGUAACUUGACGAAGGAAGCCGUGGCCAAGGACUCGCAGAUCAUUUUGGGCCAGGCCAAGCCAAAGGGCAGCAGCUGGCCAAGCUUUGAUGCUUUGACCAAGGCCGGGAAAGGGGCAAAGUGUGGAUGGCCUGCGACUUAUGCUUUGAUUUUAUGGCAAAACGUAAAGUCUGCGGAUGGGCCAUCCACGGAGAUCGUCGCCCAGACGGUUGUGCGGAUGGCGAUUCGGGUUUCCCUCCCUGGCCGGUCCCCGUCUGUUAGCCCAUGCACCGCGUCUUCCGGGGAGGAGCAGACAAAGCGAGAGAAUGUGCAGAAGGAAGCUGCAGCAAAGAAGCAAAGUGCCAGGCCAGCUAAGGCCGCAGCAAAGCAGAAGCAGCUUCCAAAGAAGGAUGGGCCAAAGGAAGAAGAGAAGGAGGUGCCGGCUGAAACGUCGGAAAAGAUGCGAGCUGCAUUACAGGCCUUGAAGCAGCGGCGAGCUGAUCUGGAUGCCGCCCAUCAACAGCUGGAUACUUCGAAAUCACAGAUCGAGGAACUGCGUCAGCAGCUACGAAGCGUAAGAGCGGAUCUUGAGUCUGAGCGGGCAGCAAAGGCUUCCGCAACUCAGCAGCUCGAGUCUGCGCUGGAGACAGUGAAUGCAGAGUUGCAAGCGGCGGAGCUCGCAAAGGCAUCCUUGGCCUCAGAGGCCAUGGUUCUCAGGAGCCAAGAAAAGGAGCGCGCAGCUGAAAUCGAACAGCUGCAGAAGGUUUGCGCUGAGUCAAGAGCAUUUCAAUCUGAGUUGGGCCAGGUCCGCUCUCAGCUAGAACGCGUGUUGCAAGAAAAGUCGGCUGCUGUCAAAGAUGCAGAAGCCCUACGAACGCGAGCAUCGGUGAUGAAAAGUGAGUUGGAGGCUGUGAAGAAAAGCGAAGGCAGCUUGACAAGUGAAGUCGCGCAGCUGCGUGCGGCCUUGGGAGAUGCCAAAGCCAAGGCAUCUUCCGCAGACAUGGAACUACGUGUGAUGCGGAAGGAUCUGGAAGACGCUCGAAGAGCUCAGGCACAAACAGAAGAACUGGCCAGACGGACUACGACGGCUGCAGCAGAGGCUCGAAGAGCGGGCCUUCUGGUUGCAGACCCCCUUGGUGCUGAAGUCGAGGCUGCGUGGAAGGCAUUGGUCGGGUCUGGCCUUGACAGGCUACAGCAAGCUCUUUUCUCGGCCGGCUUGCUGCAGGCUGCUUGCCAGCCAUCUUCCGGCAAGUUUGGUGUAAGUGAUGCCACAGACAUCAGCCUGCAGGAUGUGUCUGCUGCACGGAAGCCCAAGCGUGAGCGUGAAGAGAAAGGUGAGCGGCGAGAUCGAGCGGACAAAAAGGACAAGAAGGAUUCCGUAGGUAAGAAAGCCAAGCGGGAUAGGAAGGGAAAGAAAGAGCGAAAGAAGGAUGCGGAGGAAGGCAAGGAUGUAGACGAUCCUCGCGCUUCUCGGCGCCUUCAAGCCGAAAUGUCUGGGAGUUCCUCUAAUUCCGAUGUUGAGGUUGGGCAGUUGCACGGCAUCGCCGGCCCAUCGAUCUUAAGAGCUGCCUCGGGCCACGCGGGCCACAGACCAAAAGGCAGUCGAAAUGUGUCUUUUACCGUUCCCAGCCAGGUCGAUGUUGUAUCUUACCGUGCUUGCGGGGAAGCCCUUUGGUUUCCUAACCCCCAGUCCAACGUCUUGUGUGAGCGGUGCAAGCGUCGGGUGCCUCAGAGGCUUGGCCAGCUUCGAGGAGGAAAUGGCAACUCUUCAUUCAUGUGUGACGAGUUCUUCUGCGAUGACUGCUUUGAAAAGCUGACGCUCUCCAAAUGA